AUGAGCUCACGGUUGAACUUCAAAUCGUUCACCUUCGGGAAGCGCAACAAGAACCAUUCACCUGUUCAGCACAACCACCCAGCAGUCAACGCCCCGUCCACCAACACCCUCAUCGCCCCUCCCUCAUCCACCACCUCCCCCAGCUCUCCGCCCUCCGGUCAUAGUUCCUCCACCACCAGUCUCCCCAUGAAUAAUCAGAACUCCUUGGGUCGUCCCCCAAGCUACACCUACAACACCGCUGGGCGGCCCACCAGCCCUCUCCCGCCGGGCCAGCCCAUGGCUCACCAUCCUCCACCCUUGAAUACCAACCUACCUUAUCCUCAAAAUUCGGUGGCUCCCAUGGGCGCUCCCCCAGGUUACGGAUUGCAGCAGCCUCUCGCGCCCGGUAUGGGCUCCGGUCUGCACCAACCUCAGUAUGGCAUGCGGAACCCCGCCGUAGAGGUCGAAGGCGCCGGCCGCAGCAAGGCCCAGUUGAUUGUGGGCAUUGAUUUUGGCACGACGUUCUCGGGCGUCGCUUUUGCAUUCGCAACCAACAACGAGGCCAGAGAGGACAUCAUCACAGAGUGGCCCGGCGCAGGGACUCACACCAAACAAAAGAUCCCAACCGUACUAUAUUACGAUCAAUACCAGAAGGUGGUGGGCUGGGGCCCAGAUAUUGCCGAUGCUCUGGCCCCCACAGGAUAUCCAAAGCAAGGGGUGCAGAAGGUCGAGUGGUUCAAGCUUCAACUGAUGCUUUCCGGCAAUACAUACAUUGAUCCCAUCAACCUGCCGCCUUUGCCUCCGGGCAAGUCGGAGAUCGAUGUCGCGGCCGACUACCUUUUCAAGCUGCGACAGGCGAUGCGAGCCCAACUACAGAAGACACUGGGUGAAGUGUUCACUCGUGAAGAGCGGAACAUUCGGUACUAUAUUACCGUUCCAGCAAUUUGGAACGAUGCUGGGAAAGCAGCAACCCGAGCGGCGGCCCUCCAGGCCGGGUUCCUGCGGGACGAGAAUGACAAUCGCCUUACCUUGGUCUCCGAACCGGAGGCGGCUGCGCUCUUCUGCGCCAAGACUGGUUUGCUGAAUCUGAAGAUUGGCGAUGCAAUCUUGAUCGUCGACUGUGGAGGAGGUACCGUGGAUCUGAUUGCGUAUGAGGUUGAAGAAGAGCAACCGUUCAGUGUGGCCGAAUGCACCGCUGGUUCGGGAGACUCAUGCGGUUCGACCGCUCUCAACCGAAACUUCAGCAAUAUCCUCCGUGCGAAGAUUCGCAAGAUGAAGUUGCCUGAUGGUUCCAGAACGGCGGGCAAGGUGUAUGCAAAGUGUAUUAUGGAUUUCGAAAACCGUAUCAAGGCUGAUUUCCGCAACAACGGUCAGAAGUGGGCGGUGGAUGUCGGUAUUGAAGCCGACUUCCCCGACGCAGGCAUCGAGGAAGGGUACAUGACAUUCACUAACGAAGAGAUUCUGCAAUGUUUCGAGCCUGUCGUCAAUCGAAUUCUUGAGCUGGUGCGCAACCAAAUCAUCGCGAUUCAAGCGCAGAACCGGUCGCUUCAGAACGUCCUCGUCGUGGGUGGCUUCGGUGCCUCGGAGUAUCUUUUCCAACAGAUCAAGCUCCACGUCCCUCCCCAAUACCAGUCCAAGGUAGUUAGACCCAUGGACUCGGUUGCUGCUAUCGUUAAAGGUGCCGUGACUGCUGGAAUCACAGAGCGGGUGAUCACGCACCGUGUGGCGCGACGCCAUUACCUGAUGGCUACUCUGCAGCCUUUCAAAGAAGGAUACCAUCCAGAGCAAUACCGAGUCCCUAGUCUGGAUGGCCGGGAUCGAUGCAAGUACACAAGACAAAUUUUCAUGCAAAAGGGCGAGCGAGUGAAGAUCGGCGAACCAGUCAAGGUUAGCUUUUUCCGACAGGUUGCGCCGGGGGCGACGCUCAUGUAUGAGGACAUCCUGUACGCAUGUGACGAGGAUGUGUGUCCGGAGUACACCAAGGAUCCACGCAUCAAGGAAGUUGUCACUUUGACGUCGGACCUGUCGCGCAAGAACCUUGAGACGGAUUUUGAACGCAUGGACACUCCGCAGGGUACUUUUUACCGCGUGUACUUUGACAUCUACCUCACGCUUGACGGCAGCGAAUUCAGCGCGGAACUAGUCUGUCAGGGCGAGGUGAUGGGCCGAUGCAGAGCCAAGUUCAGGUAG